AUGUACAGUACUGGUAGCUCUGAGCUUCCCCAGAAGUCCCAGCUUCAAAUUGAGGAAGAUGACAAGUUCUUCUCUAGGCUUUUAUCCAAAGAGAGCUCUGCGGCUAACCCUUCUCUCAGGGUACCGUAUUAUGGAGGAGUAUCCGGUGCUGUUCCAUUCAUGUGGGAGUCUCGGCCUGGAACUCCUAAACAUACUUUUUCUCACACUACUCUAGUACCACCUCUUACUCCUCCUCCCUCCUAUUAUUCCAAUUCUAGCAAAAAACCCAUCAAGAACCGCUCAAGAUCCAAUCUCUUACAUGCUUUAUUCCCAAAAAUCAGUCUUAAAAAGGGUACUACCACAGUGUCCCCGUCGCCCUCUUCAGCAUCAAUCUCAUCAACAUGGUCGUCACCAUCAGAUUCAUCAUUUUCUGCUCCAAUUACUUAUGCAAAGUUUCAUGGAAUGAAGCGAUUUUUAAGCCAAAGUUCAUCCUUUGAUUCCAGGGAAGAUGAUGAUCAUCAAGAAGGCGCCCUUGGUUCACCAACUUCAACAUUGUGUUUUGGCAUAGGUAGGGUGCUGCGCUUCGAGGCUGCUAGCUACCGGAUGUGA